AUGAGAGAUGAUGUCAAUAACACGAGAGAUGAUGACAAUAAGAAGAGAUAUGAUGAUUCUGUUACUGGAGAGACUGGAGAAGCUGGAGAGACUGGAGAAGCUGGAGAGACUGGAGUAGCUGGAGAGGCUGGAGAGACUGGAGAAGCUGGAGAGACUGGAGAGGCUGGAGAGGCUGGAGAGACUGGAGAAGCUGGAGAGACUGGAGAGACUGGAGAAGCUGGAGAGACUGGAGAAGCUGGAGAGACUGGAGAGACUGGAGAAGCUGGAGAGACUGGAGUAGCUGGAGAGACUGGAGAGGCUGGAGAAGCUGGAGAGACUGGAGAGGCUGGAGAAGCUGGAGAGACUGGAGAAGCUGGAGAGACUGGAGAAGCUGGAGAGACUGGAGAGACUGGAGAAGCUGGAGAGACUGGAGAGGCUGGAGAGACUGGAGAAGCUGGAGAGACUGGAGAAGCUGAAGAGACUGGAGAGACUGGAGAAGCUGGAGAGACUGGAGUAGCUGGAGAGACUGGAGAGGCUGGAGAAGCUGGAGAGACUGGAGAGGCUGGAGAAGCUGGAGAGACUGGAGAAGCUGGAGAGACUGGAGAAGCUGGAGAGACUGGAGAGACUGGAGAAGCUGGAGAGACUGGAGAGGCUGGAGAGACUGGAGAAGCUGGAGAGACUGGAGAGACUGGAGAAGCUGGAGAGACUGGAGAAGCUGGAGAGACUGGAGAGACUGGAGAAGCUGGAGAGGCUGGAGAGGCUGGAGAGGCUGGAGAAGCUGGAGAGACUGGAGAGACUGGAGAAGCUGGAGAGACUGGAGAAGCUGGAGAAGCUGGAGAAGCUGGAGAGACUGGAGAAGCUGGAGAGACUGGAGAGACUGGAGAAGCUGGAGAGACUGGAGAAGCUGGAGAAGCUGGAGAAGCUGGAGAGACUGGAGAAGCUGGAGAGACUGGAGAGACUGGAGAAGCUGGAGAGACUGGAGAGGCUGGAGAGACUGGAGAAGCUGGAGAGACUGGAGAGACUGGAGAAGCUGGAGAGACUGGAGAGACUGGAGUAGCUGGAGAGACUGGAGAGACUGGAGAGACUGGAGAAGCUGGAGAGACUGGAGUAGCUGGAGAAGCUGGAGAGACUGGAGAGACUGGAGUAGCUGGAGAAGCUGGAGAGACUGGAGAAGCUUGA